UAAAAGAAAACUUGGGGGAUAUAUGUAGAUGUUUUUAGGGUGCAUUUAAAAGCCCCCUACUAGAAGCCUGUGCAUUUCCUGAUUUUGUUUUGCUUUGUGAGGACUCUGCUUGAUUAGAGGCGUCUCCGCUGCACCUUCAUAGCCGUUCCAUCUGGUAAAUCCCUUAUUCCCCUUAUGUUUUUUUAUGCCAUUUGAACCCACAAAAUGAGAAGAAUUCCUUUUGCAUAUCUCUUUGCUCUUAAAGCCCCAAACUCCUUUCUCUGCAAACAUAGAGCCAUUCCUGGGAAUUUCUUUACUGUUGCCCCAAUUACCAUUCAUCCACGCUUUACGUUUCCCUCAUUUUGCUCCAAUGCAACAGCAUUUGAUUCCGGUUUUACUGAUGUGGCUAAGUUAUAUGCGACUAUCAUGGAUAACUCUAAUGUAUAUGACAACAUGGAGACAUCGCUUGACCAACUGGGUCUCCAAUUAACUACCCCUUUGGUUAUGGAUGUUCUCCAAAGGCUUUCUCUUGAGGAGAAAAUUGCAUUCAGGUUUUUUACAUGGGCUGCUAAUCAACAAAACUAUGCCCAUCAGCCUCAAGCUUAUAAUCAGAUGAUUGACAUUUUGUCGAGUACAAAGUACAAAAUUAAACAAUUCCGAAUCGUCUGUGAUAUGCUUGAUUAUAUGAAGAGGAGUAACAAGAAAGCCGUCCCUGUCGAAGAUUUGCUACUCAUUUUGAGACAAUAUACUGAAAAGCAUUUGACACAUCUUCAGAAAUUUUCUAAGAAGAAGAGGAUAAGGGUGAAGACGCAGCCAGAGAUCAAUGCCUUUAACUUGCUGUUGGAUGCUUUGUGUAAGUGUAGUCUGGUUGAGGAUGCUGAUGUUCUCUUUAACAGGAUGAAGAGGAGGGUUACAUCGGAUGCCAAUUCAUACAAUAUAUUGUUUUUUGGUUGGUGUAGAGUUAGGAAUCCGAAAAGAGGUAUGAGGGUUCUGGAAGAAAUGAUCCAGUUGGGUCAUACUCCUGAUAAUUUUACUUACAAUACUGCUAUCGAUGCCUUUUGCAAAGCAGGAUUGGUGACUGAGGCAGCUGAACUUUUUGAGUUCAUGAGAACGAAAGGGUCAACCUUGUCUUCUCCCACUGCAAAAACUUAUGCGAUCAUGGCUGCAGCUUUAAUGCAUAGCAACAGAAUCAAGGAAUGCUUUGAGCUUAUAGGGAACAUGAUAAAUAGCGGUUGCCUGCCUGAUGUUUUGACAUACAAAGAAUUGAUUGAAGGGAUGUGCUCAGUGGGGAAGAUUGAAGAAGCGUACAAGUUCUUGGAAGAGAUGGGAAACAAAGGUUACCCUCCGGAUAUAGUUACUUACAACUGUUUCCUCAAGGUCCUUUGUGACAAUAAGAAGAGUGAUGAAGCCUUGAGGCUAUAUCAAAGAAUGAUUGAUGUCGGUUGUAUGCCCAGUGUGCAAACCUAUAAUAUGUUGAUUUCAAUGUUCUUUCAUAUGGGUGAUCUUGAUGGGGUGUUUGAGACUUGGCAAGAGAUGGAUAAGAGGGGCUGUGCACAAGACAUUGAGACUUAUUGCAUCAUGAUUGAUGGGCUUUUCAGCCACAAUAAAGUGGAAGAUGCUUGUUUUCUUUUGGAAGAUGUUGUAAACAAGGGAUUGAAAUUGCCAUACCCGAAGUUUGACUCCUUUUUGAUGCAGCUUUCUGCAAUUGGUAAUCUCCAAGCCAUCCAUAAACUUUCUGAACAUAUGAGGAAGUUUUACAAUCCUGCUAUGGCAAGACGUUUUGCGCUGAAUCAGAAGAGGCAGAGUAUGAGAUUAAGAGGGAAGUAAGAAUGUACAAAAGCAUUUUUGGAAGAUUUUCUUUCAUCGUACAAAGGUGCCAAGUAGGAUCUGUACUUGAGCUCUGGUUUACUCUUUGGAAAGUUUUGAUUGAGAAACAGCUGGGAGUUCACAAGACCAAAUAGUACAAGGACGACUUGGCUACAAAUGCAGCAUGGAUAUGACAAAGAGUUUGAAGCAAGCUAUAAACUUGGGCCACAAUGUGAUUCCACAUACUUGUUCUCAUGAAUCAUGAUCUCUGACAAAGCUAUAUAAUCCACAAAUACUGUUGUCAUCAGUUAUACAACUGGUAAUGCCCCCAAAAAUUUCUACUGUGAGUUGGAUUGGCUGCAUGGAGUGAACUUCUGUAUUUAAUCCUCUUUCUUUUUUUCUUUUUUUUUUUUUUUUCCCAAGCAGUUAAGGCACAACACUUCAGAGAAGAAGUUCAACUUGAAAAUUAUGUAAUGGCCUAAAUUUAUUUCCUGUAAAAGUUUCAUGAUUGAGUCAACAUCUUGAUAUCUUCUGGAGCCACUGCUUAUGCUGUCAGAGCAGGAGACUGCUUUUUAUAGUUAAAUAUCGGAGAAGCUCUUCACUCUCGAUCCAAUCACUGGAACUGCCAUUAAUGAAACUGUCAAUGGGCCCUGCAUCAGUAAGAUAUGUCAAGUGCUAGCUGUGCUCAUAUUGUGAGCAGAGACUCUAUUAUCAUUUGAACAGCAACUCAAAAAUUUAUGCAGGCAGCAAUAUGUCAAAGCUCUCAAUAUAUAGAUUCACCACUAUGCGCUCAGUCUGUUCAAUUAGCCUUUCAAGAGGAAGCAAUUUCUUUAUCAGGAGUUUAUUACUUUUGGAUAUUGGUGCUACGGAGCCACGACUCUUUUUCACCUUUUUUUUUUUUGUUUCUCUGUUCCUAUAAUAAUUGUGUAAGGAGACGGUCAAUAUCACUGGCAGUUUCUACAGUAAACCAUUUUCCAUGUGCUGAUAUAUGGUGGGGCAUCAUGCCUCUCGUAGUAACUAUCAUUUGGCCACCGCAUCUCCCAGGCUGUUAUAGCCAUCAACUAUACUAAAAUUGAUAUCUUCACAGUAGCAAACUUUGAAUAGCUCCUCUCAUCAAAAUCUUAAAAUAGGGGAAGGGACUCGGGAGGAUGCCCGAGUCCUAAAACUUCCUUGCCGUUCCUAUCAGUUGUGUUGGUUUCUGUACGUGUAUUUAACACUGUUUCUUGAAAUGCUGACUCGAAGAAACAAGUAGUAAUAAAGUAACGAUUGACGGUAACUUUGCUAUUUACAGCUCCCAGGUGAACUAAUCUCCUUGCCAGCAGCUGUGGCAGAUUUUCUACUCCCACCAUCUUCUAAUAGAGACGGCAAUAGUUGUGACAGUUGUGGCUGAUCUCUCUCUCAUCUACCUACAUAAUUUUAAUUCAUUUUUUUAUGUUGUUGUUAUCAUUUUUUCAACUCGCCAUGAUGGCAGGUAAAACCUCUUUUUUCCAGAUUUGCGCUUCCACUAUUGCUAGCUAGCAUGAUGCCAUAUGCAACGUAGAUCCGUACCC